GGGUCUCCGUCUGCUCGGAGUGACAAAAGAACUGAGAGAAGAUGCCUGGGUUGAAGUACCUGUCAGGAUUUGGAAAUGAACAUGUUUCUGAGGACCCGCGCUGCCCUGGAGCUUUACCAGAGGGACAGAAUAACCCGCAAAUCUGCCCGUAUGGCCUGUAUGCAGAACAGCUCUCAGGCUCUGCUUUCACCUGUCCCCGGUCCACGAAUAAGAGAAGCUGGCUAUAUCGGAUCCUCCCAUCCGUCUGCCACAAACCCUUCCAGCCUCUUGAAGGGGGCCACUUGACACACAACUGGGAUGAUGUUGAACCUGACCCCAACCAGCUGCGUUGGAAACCUUUCGAGAUCCCGAAAGCCUCCCAGAAUAAGAUGGACUUUGUGAGCGGCCUGCACACGCUAUGUGGCGCUGGUGAGCCCCGAGGACGCAAUGGCAUUGCCAUCCAUGUCUUUGUCUGCAACACCUCCAUGCUUGACAGAUGCUUUUAUAAUUCAGAUGGUGACUUCCUGAUUGUGCCUCAGCAGGGGAAGCUGCUCAUCACAACGGAGUUUGGGAAGCUGCUGGUGGAGCCCAAUGAGAUCUGCGUCAUCCAGCAAGGAAUGCGUUUCAGUGUGGAGGUGUUUGGUGAGACCAGAGGCUACGUCCUGGAGGUGUACGGCGCGCACUUUGAGCUGCCUGACCUGGGACCCAUUGGAGCCAAUGGUCUGGCUAACCCUAGGGACUUUUUGGUGCCUGUUGCAUGGUAUGAGGAUCGACAAGUGCCAGGGGGCUACAUGGUGAUCAGCAAGUACCAGGGCAAGCUGUUUGCAGCCCAGCAGGAUUUUUCCCCCUUCAAUGUUGUAGCCUGGCAUGGGAACUACACACCGUACAAAUACAACCUGGAUAACUUUAUGGUCAUUAAUGCUGUUGCUUUUGACCAUGCGGAUCCUUCUAUUUUCACUGUCCUAACAGCCAAGUCUACCCAUCCUGGAGUGGCCCUUGCUGAUUUUGUCAUAUUCCCCCCUCGAUGGGGGGUAGCUAACAACACCUUCCGGCCUCCCUACUACCACAGGAACUGCAUGAGUGAAUUCAUGGGGCUCAUCAGAGGCCACUAUGAAGCAAAGGAAGAAGGCUUUCAGCCUGGAGGGGCCAGCUUGCACAGCGUGAUGACUCCUCACGGGCCAGACGCUGACUGCUUCGAGAAGGCAAGCAAGGCAAAGCUGGAGCCUGAGCGGGUUGCAGAAGGGACUAUGGCCUUCAUGUUCGAAUCUUCCUUCAGCAUGGCCGUUACCAAAUGGGGCCUCAAGACCUCCAACCGCCUAGAUAAAAACUACUACAAGUGCUGGGAACCUCUGAAAAGCCAUUUCAAUCCUAAUCGCAAGUAAAGAAAUUGUUGCUUGCAAGACAUGAAUGAAGACAGGGAAGUCCAAUACACUUACAGGCACUGCGGUAAUCGACUUGGGCAAUACAGAGUGCUCCAGUACAGAAUAGUAAUUCCAGCAGCCACUGAGUCGUUAAAAAGAUCAUGCCUAUGUAACUUGAAGUGUGGUAAAAACAUCGCUUUUCUUAGUUUUCAUGUAUUUAAUUAAAGCUUUCCUUGUGCCACAUCGAAGCUGAAA